UAUCCUAACAACACAAAUACCCAAUAGCAAACGCAGCCAUAUUCAGUCUUUAAUAACCAGAACCAAAGCAAAUAUCCAAAAAGCAACAGCUGGCAUAUUCACUACUGAGUAAUUCACAGUUCAGCGCUCAGCCGUGAAAGAAUGGGAGUGGAGAAGCAAGUCGUAAGGCCCGGAGGGGGACCCAAACCCGUUCCCGGUCAGACCGUCUCCGUCCACUGUACCGGUUUCGGAAAGAACCGUGAUUUGUCUAAAAAAUUCUGGAGCACCAAGGAUCCAGGGCAGGAGCCGUUUGCUUUCCAGAUUGGCCAGGGGAAAGUUAUCAGAGGAUGGGAUGAAGGUGUACUUGGAAUGCAAGUGGGAGAAGUUGCGCGCUUAACGUGUUCCCCCGACUAUGCUUAUGGUCCUAGUGGUUUCCCAGCAUGGGGCAUUGAGCCUAACUCUGUUCUGGUUUUCGAGAUUGAAGUAUUGGGUGUUCAGUAAUUAAUUACUGGCUCUGAUGCUGCGGGUUGCCGAUGGUAGACAUCUGAUGUAGAGUCCUUCAGCAGUGGGUGUUAGUUAAUUAUAGUUUGUAUUUUUAUCUGAAUAAAAAGGCUUCGAGCUCUUCAGCCUGCCGCCCGAUGUAGAAUGCCUUAGCAGUGGGUGUUACUCUGUAACUGGUACCGAAAUUGCAGCCUCCUCUCCUCUCUCUCAGAUUAAAAAUGGAGAUUAUGGUUUCCUAGUCGCUUUAUGGUACUACAACGUUUUCAUACGGCUUUUGUUUUCCAGCUGUGAGCUCGGAUCUAAAUCAUCUGUGGUAGUGGGUAAAAGGAACAAUCCUCCAUGAUUGGUCAAAAUACCUCGACAUUUUGACAUGAUCGACGAAAAUUAUGAAACUCAGAUUUUGAUGCA